AGGGGCCCACUCAGAGGGAUAACGCCCCCUCGCACUCACCUGGUCCACGCAUUCUGUGGGGCGGCGGGCCAGUUUUCCCCCAAAUCCACCACCGUCGCUCUCGGGAAUCGCCGGAAUAGUGGAAGGCGAAGGGAGAAGGGGAGAAGGGGGGAGGGGAGAAAGAGAGCGACCCCCUGCGACUGCCAAAAUGACGACGGGAUGAGGGCCGGCUCGCCAUACGCGCGCGGCAACCAGCAAGCGGAGGAGGGAGGAGACAGGUGUCGGAGUCCCGGUGACCAGCAAGCGAAGAGCCGAGGGGACAGCGUCGUCUGUGCGCCGCGACCACCUAGCGGGGAGGAGCUAGAUCGGGGAAGGUGCCGUCGCCAGGUGGUCGAGGAAUCGGGCAGCAAAGUGCCGAAAAAAAGGUGGAGCUGGAGAGGCCGUUGGGGAGGAGGAAACUUACAUUCUAAUGCAGGAGGCGCCGGGAGGGAGGUGCUGAGCGGUUAUGAUCGGGGGUAGGAUCCUGCGCCAUGUGCGAUGGUGUUAAAGCGGAAACACAACAGAGAAGACAAUGAGGUAGCUGAAUCAAAUGAUUGGAUGAUGAGCCCUGGAUAUGCUAAUGCAGCAAACAGUCCAAUUCCUACACUACCUUCGGGAAAAGGUUCUAAAAUGUCCGCCAAGCCUAAAGCUGCAAAAGGCCAGAAAUCUUGUCCUCAGACCCCUUUGUUUUCCGGUUCUCCGGGCAAUCCAGCUACUCCUGUUGGUGGCUGCCGUUAUGAUAGCUCCCUAGGGUUAUUGACAAAAAAGUUCCUGAACUUGCUAAAGGGUGCACCUGGUGGCAUGGUUGAUUUGAAUAAUGCUGCAGAAACGCUAGAGGUACAAAAAAGACGUAUAUAUGACAUUACUAAUGUCCUCGAAGGGAUAGGGCUGAUAGAAAAGAAGCUUAAGAACAACAUUCGUUGGAAAGGAAUCGAUGACUCUCGACCAGGUGAAGUUAGCGAUGAUAUGUCCAUUUUACAGGGAGAUAUUGAAGCCCUCACACUGCAAGAGCAUAGCUUAGACGGACAAAUAAGUGAAAUGCGAGACAAGUUAAGAGAGCUCACUGAAGAUGAAAAUAACCAAAAAUGGCUGUAUGUCACAGAAGAUGAUAUCAAGUCUUUGCCAUGCUUUCAGAAUCAGACACUAAUCGCAAUAAAAGCACCUCAUGGUACAACGCUUGAAGUCCCAGAUCCUGAUGAGGUGAAUGAUUAUCCUCAAAGGAGAUAUAGGAUUGUUCUAAGAAGCACUAUGGGUCCGAUAGAUGUGUACCUAGUUAGUCAAUUUGAGGAGAUGAGUGGCAUGGAGACUCCUCCAAGGCCUGCACAAACAAUAAGCAUGGAUUAUCUAGAGAAUCCUAGGACACCACUCGCUACAGGAUCUAACAAAGAUGUGGAGAUGGAGAAUGUUCAACAAGGGCUGAUAAUGCCCCCUGACGCUCCUACUACACAGGAUAUUGGAGGGAUGAUGAAGAUUGUCCCUUCUGAACUUGAUACUGAUGCGGAUUACUGGCUCUUAUCAGACACAGGGGUUAGCAUUACUGACAUGUGGAAGACAGCACCAGAUGUGGAGUGGGAAGGAAUCGACAUCAACGCGGAGGAUUUCUUGGAAGUUGGCACACCUCGGCAGCAAGAUCAGCCGCCCUCUGAAAUGGUGGAUCACCCCUCGUGCAUUAGCUGAAGAAGACCUGAAGCAUGGUGGCAAGUACCAUUCAUAUACGUGGGAAGAAUUCUUUGUUUCUUGCUCCGGGUUAUCAAUGGCCAAUCAAUUCAGAACAGAGACCCGAGAGCGAAUGUUCCAGGGGGGUUGCUGUGAUGUACAUACAGAUGGCAACCUAGUGCCAUGUCAGUAGCUCUCUGGGUCAAGCUUCUAUGCCAAUAGCCAACGACCUGAUCAUUUUCAGAUCUACUGACAACCUGGUCAUUUUCAGGUUUGUAGCUUGUAUGCUGCAUGUUGUACCUCAACAACAUUAGGACUGUAGUAGAAACAUGUACAGGGCAGCAAGCUCCGUGACUUAAUUAUUUCAAGUAGCACUGAAAACAUAGACUAGAAGCUAAUGCAGUUGUAACACAAACCGUCAGCAUUCGAUGACAUCUGCCUAUCGUGUUUGCCUAGUGUCAAAUUGAAAUGCAGAGAUGUUUUUUUCCCCAA